AUUCUGCGUGUCAAUGCUUCACGGAAAAUUAAAAUUUUGCAGCGCCGCGCUGCUCUGUUCGGCGCUGCAACGCUCUGCUUAGGUGGAAACGACCUCAUUGAAUUAUACGUAUCCAAUUGUAAGCAGCAUUUUGCUGCUGCGUCGCGCCGCUUGAUGCUGCUUUGAUGGGAAUUGGCCUCUACGCAGUGAGUAAACAUACCAAUUUUGCUGAUUCGAAGGACACUCAAUACUCGAAUAAAAACGAACACCACUCUAUGUUUUCACCCAUCAACCCACAGUUAAUUGUCAAUACCAAGCUUGUCAACUUAAAAUGGUAAAUUUUGAUGGACGAGGCCGCGAACCAAGUUAUUAUUGGUUUCAAUAUCAAGUCCCAGAUUCUUCUACCUGGGUUGAGAUAGCCAAAAUUCCCUUUCGUGAAGUAAGGGUUGAAACAUUGGAUUCUCUAACUAAAGGGACAAAUUACACAGGUCGAGUCUUCGGACUUAUAGCAGAUACCGAUAUUGCCAAGCUUCAAUAUGUCGCCAUUCCAGUUUUUAGGUUUUCUACCCUAUGUGAUGAUCUAAAUUUGGAUUACAUAAAGCUAAGCAUACAAUCCACAUCAGCAACUUUUAUAAUAGAGGAUCCAAAUGAUAAACUUUGCAACUUAGAUCAAACCCAGCUUUUUAUAUACACUUCUGACAAUAUAUCGGAAAAAAAAUAUUAUCAAUUAAAAAGUUACCAGAAUCGAUAUUUGGAGUUUACAGUCGAUCACUUAGAUCCGAAGACAAUUUACAGAUUUGGCUUAUUAAAUCUAAAUGGAAUGAUAGAUUUGGGCUCUUUUUCAACGACUGAAGCAAAGCCCUCUGCAAUAAGAAAUAUGAAUUUUGAGGUUGAUAUUAUUAGAAAAAGAAUGAAAUUAACUUGGGAUCCACCAAUCAAUCACAAUGGAGAUAUACAGCUCUACAAUAUAACUUACAGAAUUUACUAUAUCAUUUGUCAACGGUGGGGUCCAACAAAUAGUUUCAAUACUUCUGAUGGACAAACAACUUCUUAUACAUUCGAUAACUUAGAAUUUUAUGUGGGAUAUAGCGUAACAAUAAAACCUAAAAAUGCUGCUGGAUAUGGUCCCGAAACAAACAAAUAUAUAAAUAUAGAGCAAUUGGAUAAAAUAACAGCAGAUGAGGUAACAAUAAAUAGAAUAACUCCUGGCGAAACGGAAGUCACUUUCGGAUUUCCUGAUUGCACGAAAAGGACAGGUAUUUUAUCGGUUUCUAUCAGUUAUACGAGUGUGAACAGUUGGUGUUCAAAUUCAAAAAGAUUUCCUGAUCCUAUUAGACUAGAAACGAAAAGUACCAUAACAAUAGGUGGUUUAGAACCUUACUGCAAUUAUACCGCCUCUCUGCGUUUUUAUAGAGGUGAUAGAGAAUUUUCAAAACGGAUUAAAACAGCUAGUUUUCAAACAAAGGAGUCUCGGCCCAACCAAAUAUCGGCUUUCCAAUGUUAUGAAAAAAGCAGUAAUUACAUUGCUGUACGUUGGUUACCUCCUUCUCCACCUACUGGAGAAUUAAUAUCUUAUUUUGUUACUAUUUUGGAGACUGAAUUUUGGAUAUCAGAUUCUUACAUAAAAAGGGAAGAAAACAUUUCUAUAAAUAAAUGCUACCUUUUUCCUGAAUAUCACUGCGCAAAGUUUAAUAAUUUGAAGGAACAAUUUGUUUACAGAGUCGAGAUCUCUGCAUAUAAUAAAGGCAACUCAUUGCCAAGUUUAAAAGCAACGUUAAAGACUCUAGCUGUUAUUGAAGAACCAGGCCCUCCUCGUUCAAUAAUAAACAAAUGGACUGAAGAAAAUUUUCUGGAAUUGACAUGGUAUCAUCCAAAUCACGUAAAUGGAACUUUAACACAUUUUAAUAUUGAAAUUUAUAAAAAGCAAAAGAAGAAAAAAUAUGUUGAAAAGUAUGAAUUAAUCUCUCCGGCAAAUUACCAACCUUCCUAUUCAAAAACUAUUAAAAACUUGCCAUUACCAGGAGAAUUUACCGUUACAUUAGUUUCAAUAAAUUUUAAACAACAACAUUCAGAAGGAAAUCCUACUAUUUCCAUAAUGAGUCCUCCACCAAUACCCAACGAUACCGUUAAUAUCAAGAAGGAACAGAAUGUCAUCCAUUUUGAUUUUAAUGAAACAAAAUACGACCGGGAUUUUUACAGAUUCUUGUAUAUUCUUAUAGGACAAUGUCGAUCUUGCAAAGAUAAUUUAAUACAAUUUAGAGCAGAGCUAGAAACCUAUCAUAAAGCUAACGAUAACAUCUACGAAGGAGCCUCUAUUGCCAAUGAUUGGACUCUUAUUUGUAGUUGUGAAUACGAGCAAAAAUCUAAAAAUUGCCGAUCUAUUCUAAACAAUAAUACAAAAUAUCCUAUAAGCCACAAUGAAAAUUAUGUAAUAGGUUUUAUUUGGAUUUACAAAUUUGCCGGAUUGGUUAGAAGUAAUUAUAUUAUAAAAGAUACAGAAAAUAAGCCUUAUACUGAUUCAAAGAGAUCAUUUUUUCCAGAGAUUUUCUUAAGUUGUUCAUUAUUGUUAUUUUUAAUAAUAAUCAUUGUAUCUGUUUACUUUGUGUCAAAAAAAUAUAACUUAAAUAUUUUAUCAACUUCUUAUUUAUGCACAUGCUUUAAAUUAGGAGAAGUAACUGUACCAAAAAAUGAAUGUUUGCCUAGCAAGUCAACAGACAUUCUUACUGAAGCCACAUAUGUUAAUCAAGAAGAAAUGGGGUUAAAGAAAGUCGGACGCGUAAGACCAGUGUCUCGAAUUAUUUUUAAGCCACUUGAUCUUUUAACUGAAAAUGACGUUAUUUGCCCAGGAGUUCCACUUUUUAAGACUCAAAACUCCAAACGAAUAAAAUUGGAGCACUUUUCAGACUAUCUUAAAAAUGCUAUUAAAUCAGGUGAACUGCUGGCACAGCAUAAUACCUUUCCUAGAGGCCUACAAAAGCCACAUGCUUAUGGUUCGCUACCUGAAAAUAAAAUUAAAAACAGAUACAAGAAUCUUAUAGCAUAUGAUCAGUCAAGGGUAAUACUAGAAAAGAUUGAUGGUGACGAAUUUUCCGACUAUAUUAAUGCAGACUAUAUUGACGGUUUUAGACAUCCAAGAGCUUAUAUAGCCACUCAAGGACCAAAACCCAAUACCGUCUCUGACUUUUGGAGAAUGGUUUGGCAAGAAAAUGUUACACAUAUUGUUAUGAUGGCUAAUGUCAUUGAAGGAAAUAAGAAAAAAACUGAACAAUAUUGGCCUGAGAUUAAUGAGGAAGAAAAAUACGGUGACUAUACGGUGACAUACAUUAGUUCUAAGGUGUUCGCUAACUAUGACUGUCGAAUACUUGAGCUUCAAUUUAAAUGUUCAACACCCAGGAAGAUAGGACAUCUUCACUUUAAAGUAUGGCCCGAUCAUGGAGUUCCACUGUAUCCCCAAUCAUUAGUGCCUUUUCUUCAAACACUUCUCAGAUUAAAAAAUACUGAUUUUCCUUUAGUUGUGCAUUGCAGUGCUGGAGUUGGUAGAACCGGAACAAUAAUUCUAUGCGAUAUUUGUUUACGAAUGGCUGCUGCAGAAGGUUUCGUGGACUUCUUUGCUAUGCUGGAACAUCUUCGAAAUAAUCGCGCUAAUUUGGUGGAUAACGUAGAGCAAUAUAUGCUGGCGCAUUUGGUGGUAUUAAAUUGUUUGGCGGGUAUGAAAACGCAGAUUCCUGUAAAUGAAAAAUUCACACAAUCAGUAAACCAAAUCAGCAACAUCGCAUCGCAGCUUAGCUAUGUCAAAAGCAUAGAAUGGCAGGAUGAUGCCAUGAAAACAACUCAUUCUACUCAUGAUGAAACGAGGGUCAUUAUACCUGAGAAAAAUCGGUUUCCCGAUAUAUUACCUGACCCUUUGGCUCAAAUAUUUUUGCGUCCUUACCCACCAUCAAAUCCUAAAUUUAAUUCUACCUACAUAAAUGCUAUACAAGUCGAUGGGUUUUGUGGUCCUAAAAGGUUUGCUGUUACCCAAUUCCCAUUGCCUAAUACUAUUGGGGAUUUUUGGAGGCUUAUAUUGGAGAGAAAUUAUACAGUUAUAGUGUGCUUAAAUGACUUAACACAUUACAAAGACCCAACCUGUCAAAGAUUUUGGCCUGAGAAAAGAGAGUGUUUAGAACCACAAAGUGGUGUAACAGUGAAAAGUGUCAGAAGCAAACAACUGCUCGGGUAUAUUGAAAUGAUAUUUGAUAUAGACUCAGAUGACAAACAUGAUCAAAAACUGACUGUCAAAAUGAUAAAGUUGGAUAAUUGGGCUCCUAAAGAGCUUGUUCCGCCAAAGGUUUCCGAUUUUAUAUCCUUUGUAGAAGAUGUUACAGCUGUAGCACGAGGUUGCGGACAAAUUUUAUUAACUUGUUAUGAUGGAGCUACUGCAACUGGCUUAUUUAUGGCGCUAUCUUUUUUAAUAGAAAAAAUUGACUUUGAGCAUGAAUGCGAUGUAUGCCAAGCUAUAAGGACAAUAAGAACUAGUCGGAAACAAUUUGUUGGUUCUUUGGAACAAAUGAAAUUUCUAUAUAAAGCUGCCGUUUUAUAUGUGGAAGAAAAGUUUAACCAAUACUCGAAUUUCCAGUAGACAAUAAAAGAAGUUUCUAUAUGUCACUAUAUUAUUGUGAAUUUUAUAUAUAUAAAUAUAUAUGUAUGGUAUAUUAUAUUAUUUUUAAUAUAUAAGUAUUUAAUUAUA